AAAAAGAUUUGAUACUCCAGCGAAUUUUAAUAACAAUAAUAAAAAAAAAAAACGAAACCUCGCAAACACCGAAAAUAAUAAGCAGCAAAAAACGCGGAGAAAUUCAAGUGAAUUUGAAUUUCGAUACAAUCGACUGCACGUUCAUUAGCAUGCAAAAGUGAUCAAAGCCACUAGGCUCAAGCUCGAAAACAUAAAAGCAAUAAAAGCCACAAAUUUGUAUUGUCUUGGCUAAGUGCGUUGAAUCUGACUUCGAUCGAACGCGUUUCGCAUUCAAUUUUUGCUUCAUACACGUGCUUUUCUUCGAAUAUAAUUAUUACAAGGCCUCCAACUUCGAGUUCACCAAAGCAAUAGAUCAUUAAGUUUUGUGCAAAAUAAAAGAAAGGAAAGAGCUUCAAAAAAAAGCAAAACAAUGACGACAACAACAUCGACAACAUCUGACUUGCUGCAUAUGGAUAAACCAUUGCGUGCUUUCUAUCAAUUUUUCUUGGAUUUAAUUGUCUUUACGCUGAAAUCAAUUUAUUUCAUAUUGGAAUCGCUCUAUUAUACAAUAUUGCCCGACCGCUUUCGAAAGCUAAAGAACAUAUCGGGACAAGUGGUGCUCAUAACUGGCGGAGGCGGGGGCGUGGGACGUUUGAUAGCGCUCAACUUUGCCAAGCUGGAGGCACGCAUUGUCAUCUGGGACAUCAAUCAAGAAGCCAUCAAGACAACCGUGGAUCUGCUGGCCAAGCAUGGCUAUCACAAUUGCAAGGGUUAUGUGGUGGACAUCUCCGAUCGCGAACAGGUUUAUCAACGAGCUGCACAGGUCACCGAAGAAGUGGGUCAUGUCGAUAUCUUGAUUAACAAUGCGGGCAUUGUGUGCUGCAAACCGUUCUGGGAACUUCACGAUCGUGUCAUUCAAAACACGUACAACAUCAACAUCAUCUCGCACUAUUGGACCGUUAAGGCUUUUCUGCCCUACAUGAUGCGUCACAAUCGCGGUCACAUUGUCACUGUCAGCUCCAUCACUGGCAUGUUGGGCACUUAUGGCUGCAGCGAUUAUGCAGCCACCAAGUAUGCCACGAUUGGCUUCCACGAGAGCUUGUUGACCGACCUAAAGGCUCAUGGUUAUGAUCAGAUCAACAUGAGCUUAAUUUGUCCUUAUUACAUUAAUACGGGCAUGUUCUCCGGUGUCAAGCCUCGCAUGCAACCCAUGCUUGAGCCGCAAUACGUUGCCGAUCGCAUCGAAGGCGCCGUGCGACGCAACGAGGUCUGGUGUGUGCUUCCCAAUUCCAUUCGCCUCCUCACGCCGCUAAAGUGUUUGUUACCUGCCAAGAUGUGCUGGGAGCUGAUGUCGCGUGUGAUACGCGGUCCCGAGUCCAUGAUGAUGUUCCAGGGACGCGGCCGUGUGGCCCAUGGCUAACUCUCCACAUGACUUUCCAUUUACAAUCCUUACGUGUUUAGUUCUAAGUGUUAAAAAAAGAGGCAUUAAAAUAUGUUUAAAUAAAAA